AGGUCGCUCCGGCCCCGGUUCCGGUUCCGGUUUCGGGGCUUGGGGUGGCGUUAGGUUUUUAGCGGUCAGUUGUCAAGGUUGGUGCGCUGAAAUCUGGGCGAGAUGCUGCGGAAUCUGCUGGCUCUUCGACAGAUUGCCCAGAGGACCAUCAGCACUGCUUCACGCAGGCAUUUUGAAAAUAAAGUUCCACAGAAGCAAAAGCUGUUUCAGGAGGACAAUGAUAUUCCAGUGCAUCUAAAGGGUGGGGUAGCUGAUGGCCUCCUGUAUAGAGCCACUAUGUUUCUUACAGUUGGUGGAACUGCAUAUGCCAUCUAUCAGUUGGCUGUGGCAUCAUUUCCCAAGAAGCCGGAAUGACUUCAUUCAGACCAGCAGUUGCGUGGCUCAGUUCUAGUCAGCUCCCUGGACCCAUAAUAUGAUAAAUAACUGAGCUCUUCUUUGGGGAUCAAUAUUUAUUGAAUUGUACUAACUGUCACCAAUAAAGCAGUCUUUACCAUA